AUGGAUGUGAACUUAGUCACCGUCUUGGCUGUUCUAGCUGUCACGGUCACUCAGACGUCUGAGACUCUGUUUCCUGGGGCCUUUAACUGUUGCACGAAAAUUUCAGAUCAAAUUCCCAAAGGGAUUCUCCAAAGAGCGGAGAGGUUUGAAAUCCAAAAAGCGGAUGGCCUGUGUCACCUAGAAGCUGUUAUUCUCUACAUAGAAGGCAGAAAAUUCUGUGUGAGCCCAGAGAUUAGAAAAGUUAAAAAAUGGAUGAAGAAGAAUAAGCACAAGACUCCCAGGAAAAAGCUUCAUGGUAGAAAGCAGAGAAGAGCCAAAGUUAUUAAAAGGAAAGAAAAGAAGCAGUAAUAUGAUGAAGCAAGCCCCACAACAAAGAGACCUGUGGCAUAUGGCACUGCAAUCAAAGAUAACUAGACUUCAUCAAUGAUGGCCAACUGUAGCAUUCAAGUGACUUUUCAAACAUCAAUGUGCCAGAGAAAGCAGUGGCAGAAAACAGCACCUGUACACAAGAAAAAUGCUGAUCAGAUUACCAGCCAAAUGACAAGGUGUCCCCCUGAAAAUGUCCUGUCACUGUACCUCCUAGGUCUAUUAGUAGACUUAAAUCCUUUUCUCUCUGUGCUUUCUUAACAACCUGGUUUCUGUUUUCACGUGACAGUGCUCAGUUCCUUCUUACUGCUCUGUUUUCCCAGUCUCAGUCUGGAUCCUGAUUCUUCCUUGUCUGCAAUCAUCUUUGUGCCGUCGCCUCUUUUGUUUCUAUUCUUCCAGUCGCUAAUCUUUUUUAUAACCUUUUCUUCUUCUUACAUAAUCUUACAGAUACCUUUCCAGAUUCUGUUUCAGUUUAAGCUGGCCAAAGCUG